AUGUGGCAGAUGGAUUCUGAUCAAUUUAUUCGGAAUUUUGAACUUUAUGAAGGUCAUUUAGUACUUAUUGAUUGUAUUUUAAGGCAUUUUCAUUCAAUCAAGUAUUUAAAAGUUAUUCUGAGGCGGUUCUUUUAUUGGGUGGAAAAUUCAGAUGUUGAUUUUUGCGACGCUAUACCAGGUUACAUUCGAGCUUGUAAGUUGAAGACAAUAUUUAUUUUCAACCAGUACAUUCGAAGACCAAGAAGGAAACUAGUUCAACCCGAGGAAGAAAGAACUUGGUUUUAUUUACCUCUCGGAACACGUCAAAGUGUAAUUAAUUUGGCCAGUCAGUUAUCGAACAUAACUACAUUGUUGAUGGAUUUCGAUCGGUGUGUCAAUUAUUCAAAUGUGUUUACGAAUAUGAAAUUGAGGAAAUUAUCAAUCAAGCGAUUACGGAUGCCAAACAGUUUCAUUGUUGAUGAAGUUUUCAAUACGGAAAACCUUCAAGAAUUGACACUAGUGGUGUCUUCUCCGUUGAAUAGAUUUUUUUCGGUAUUUGAAUUGGAUACGAAAUACCCACGAUUAUUUCUGCUUUGCUUACAAUAUAGAAAAACAAACGAAAAGGAUAGCUACGCCAAUGACUUGUUAAACUACAAACACAAGACGUUGGAAAUGCUCACUGUUUGUUAUGGCUCACUAAAACAGGUGCCUAUCAAGACAAUGUGCAGUUUAUCAUCCCCGUUCCCAGUAGCAAGCAUAAAUUUGUGGUUCUACUGGAAACAAGAAUGUCAGGAUGAAAUUAGUGAGAAAAUAAUUAUGAUGAGCCCUAGAGUACCUCAUGGAAUUGUGGGAGUUCAUAUGUUAUACUUUGACCAGACUGGCCUUGAUGAAUGCUUAAUGAGUAUAAAAAAGGAUGCGAAACACGAGGAAUUUUCUACACCCAAAGCGUAUUAUACGCAGUGGGAAUUGCAUCAAAUCAUUGCCCAAUGCUGCCGAGAAAGAAAGAAUUUCAUAUUACCUCGAGAUAGAUUGUUUAGACAGUACGAGAGCAUUGAGNCGAAACACGAGGAAUUUUCUACACCCAAAGCGUAUUAUACGCAGUGGGAAUUGUAUCAAAUCUUUGCCCAAUGCUGCCGAGAAAGAAAGAAUUUCGUAUUACCUCGAGAUAGAUUGUUUAGACAGUACGAGAGCAUUCAGAAAAGAUUUCCAUUACCGAAAGAUUAUGUUGCUUGA